CGUCGGCCGCCCGACCUCAGCCCCCCGCCGGCCCUGAGCUGCCCCACGGCCAUGGGGACGCUGGCGUCGUGGUGAGCCCCUCUGCCGAGCGCCCAUCCCCGCUGCCACCGAUCCUCUGGGCAGGGCUUGGGACAGGAUGCGCGGACGACGAUGAUGAUGGCGAGGAAGCAAGAUGCCCGCAUCCCCACCUACAACAUUAGCGUGGUGGGUUUAUCCGGGACGGAGAAGGAGAAGGGGCAGUGCGGCGUGGGCAAGUCGUGUCUCUGCAACCGCUUCGUGCGGCCCAGCGCCGACGAGUUCCACCUGGACCACACGUCCGUCCUCAGCACCAGCGACUUCGGGGGGCGGGUGGUCAACAACGACCACUUCCUCUACUGGGGGGAGGUGCUGCGGUCGCUGGAGGAUUGCGCGGAAUGCCGGGCCCACGUGGUGGAGCAGACGGAGUUCAUCGACGACCAGACCUUCCAGCCGCACCGCAGCACCGCGCUGCAGCCCUACAUCAAACGCGCCGCGGCCACCAAGCUGGCGUCGGCCGAGAAGCUGAUGUAUUUCUGCACCGACCAGCUGGGCUUGGAGCAGGACUUUGAGCAGAAGCAGAUGCCGGACGGGAAGCUGUUGGUGGACGGCUUCCUGCUCUGCAUCGACGUCAGCAGGGGGAUGAACCGCAAUUUCGACGAGCAGCUCAAGUUCGUCUCCAACCUCUACAACCAGCUGGCCAAGACCAAGAAGCCCAUCGUGGUGGUGCUGACCAAGUGCGACGAAGGCGUGGAGCGCUACAUCCGCGACGCGCACGCCUUCGCCCUCAGCAAGAAGAACCUGCAGGUGGUGGAGACGUCGGCUCGCUCCAACGUCAACGUGGACCUGGCGUUCAGCACGCUGGUGCAGCUGGUGGACAAGAGCCGCGGGAAGACCAAAAUCAUCCCCUACUUCGAGGCGCUGAAGCAGCAGAGCCAGCAGAUCGCGGCCGCCAAGGACAAAUACGAGUGGCUGGUGAGCCGCGUCGUCAAGAGCCACAACGAGACGUGGGCCGCCGUCAGCCACAAGAUGCAGCCGGCGCCGGAGUACCAGGACUACGUGUACCUGGAGGGCACGGCCAAGGCCAAGAAGCUCUUCCUGCAGCACGUGCAGCGCCUGAAGCAGGAGCACAUCGAGCGCAGGAGGCGGGCGUACCUCGCGCUGCUCCCGCAGGCCUUGGACGCGCUGGUCCCCAACCUGGACGAGAUCGACCACCUGAGCUGCGCCAAGGCGCGGCGGCUCCUGGAGGGGAAGGGGGAUUUCUCCAAGUGGUUCGUGGUGCUGGACGAGACCCCGUGGGACGCCACCGGCCACAUCGACAGCGCCGACACCGAGCGCGUCCCCUUCGACGUGCUGGAGACGCCGGAGGCCGAGCAGCUCUACGAGGCGCACCUGGAGCGGCUGAGGAAGGAGCGGAAGCGCGCCGAGAUGCGCAGGGCUUUCCAGGAGAACCUGGAGGCGUCGCCCUUCGUGACGCCCGGCAAGCCCUGGGAGGAGGCGCGCAGCUUCAUCAUGAACGAGGACUUCUACAUGUGGCUGGAGGAGCCGGUCUACAUGGACAUCUACGGCAGGCACCAGAAGCGCAUCAUCGAGAGGGCCAAGGAGGAGUUCCAGGAGCUGCUGCUGGAAUACUCGGAGCUCUUCUACGAGCUGGAGCUGGACGCCAAGCCCAGCAAGGAGAAGAUGGGCGUCAUCCAGGAGGUGCUGGGCGAGGAGCAGCGCUUCAAGGCGCUGCGGAAGCUGCAGGCGGAGCGCGACGCGCUCAUCCUGAAGCACAUCCACUUCGUCUACCACCCGACCAAGGAGACGUGCCCCAGCUGCCCGCUGUGCGUCGACUCGCGCGUCGAGCAGCUCCUGGGCGCCCGCAGCGCCCGCCCGGCCGAGCGCAACCAGAAGAACUUCCUCUCGGAUCCCAACGUCGACCGCAUCAACCUGGUGAUCCUGGGCAAGGACGGCCUGGCCCGCGAGUUGGCCAACGAGAUCCGGGCGCUGUGCACCAACGACGACAAGUACGUCAUCGAGGGCAAGAUGUACGAGCUGUCGCUGCGGCCCAUCGAGGGCAACGUGCGGCUGCCCGUCAACGCCUUCCAGACGCCCACCUUCCAGCCCCACGGCUGCCUCUGCCUCUACAACUCCAAGGAGUCGCUCUCCUACGUGGUGGAGAGCAUCGAGAAGAGCGCGGCGGGGCGGAGGGAGAACCACCCGGCCCACCUCCCGCUCACCCUGAUGCUGGUCAACAAGCGCGGCGACGCGGGCGGCGAGACGCUGCACAGCCUGGUGCAGCAGGGCCAGCAGAUCGCCGGCAAGCUGCAGUGCGUCUUCCUCGACCCCGCCGCCGCCGGCAUCGCCUACGGGCGCAGCGUCAACGAGAAGCAGAUCAGCCAGGUGCUCAAGGGGCUGCUGGACUCCAAGCGGAACCUCAGCCUCGUCUCGGCGCCCCCGGGCCUCAAGGAGCUGGCGGACGCCGAGCUGCGCGUGGCCAUGUGCUUCAUGUGCGGCGACGCGGCGGGCGCCGACGAGCUGCUGGCGCCCAUCCUGCAGUCCCCGCUGUGCCGCCCGGCGCCGUGCGGCGGCUCCGUGCUGCUGGAGCUGAGCCUGGGGCAGCAGCGGCGGCGCGUGGAGCUCCUGCUGCUCUCCUACCACGCGGCCUUCGGCGUGCGCAAGAGCCGCCUGGUGCACGGCUACGUCGUCUUCUACGCGGCCAAGCGGCGCGCCUCGCUGGCCAUGCUGCGCGCCUUCCUGUGCGAGGUGCAGGACGUCGUCCCCGUCCAGCUGGUGGCCUUCGUCGACGGCUCGGCGGACGUCGUGGAGAGCGACGUGAGCCGCGAGCAGGUGGCCGAGGGCGAGGAGAUCGCUCAGGAGAUCGACGGCAAGUUCGCCGCCGUGGCGUGCGGGCAGGCGCAGCCCAAACUGGACAGCUUCCAGGCCUUCUUCAAGGAGGCGCUGGACAAGAAGACGCUGGUGGAGGCCGUGCACAUGUACGACCACGCGGCCGAGGCGUGCGGGGCGGAGGAGGCGGCAGGAUCGCCGCGCGCCGCCUCGCCGCAGUGCAACUCCCACCCGCCCGACUCGGAGGAGGACGCGGAGCCGUCGCCCUACGGCUUCUGCCGGGACGAGGCGGCGCCGCCAAGGGAGCACUCGAAGCUCUCGGUGGAGCUGGAGGGGAACGACGGGCUGGCCUUCAUCUCGGUGGUCAGCGCCUUCGAGAGCAAGCUCAACAGCAAAGUGCCUCCGCCGGUGAAGCCGAAGCCGCCGGUGCCCUUCGAGCUGGGCAAGGGGGAUCUCCCCUACCUGGAGCAGGGCCAGAGGAAAUCGGCGUCGUGCGGCAGCUGGCCGCCCGCCGACGCCUUCGACCCUUCGGAUUACGCCGAGCCGCUGGACGCCGUGCUGAAGCCCAAGAGCGAGGAGGAGAACAUCUACUCGGUGCCCCACGACAGCACGCAGGGCAAAAUCAUCACCAUCCGCAACAUCAACAAGAGCCAGCCCAACGGCGGCGCCAACAACGGCUCCGACAGCGAGGCGGACAGCAGCUCCCUGGAGCGCGGCGGCCGCAAGCCGUCGCUCCUCGCCAAACCCGCGCUCUAUCGGACGCGCUGCGCCCGCCUCGGCCGCUUCGCCACCUACCGCAGCAGCUUCGGGGUGGGCAGCGACGACGAGCUGGGGCCCAUCAGGAAGAAGGAGGAGGAUCAGAGCUCGCAGGGCUACAAGGGGGACAACGCCGUCAUCCCCUACGAGGCGGCCGACGGCGAGGAUCCGCGCAGGAGGAACAUCCUGCGCAGCCUCCGGAGGACCACCAAGAAACCAAAGCCCAAACCUCGGCCGUCGCUCACCAAACCCAUGUGGGAGAGCAGCUACUUCGGGGUGCCGCUCAGCAGCGUCGUCAGCGCCGAGAAGCCCAUCCCCGUCUUCAUCGAGCGCUGCAUCGAGUUCAUCGAGGCCACGGGGCUCAGCACCGAGGGCAUCUACCGCGUGAGCGGCAACAAGUCUGAGAUGGAGAGCCUGCAGCGGCAGUUUGACCAGGACCACAGCCUGGACCUGGCCGAGAAGGAUUUCACCGUCAACACGGUGGCCGGGGCCAUGAAGAGCUUCUUCUCCGAGCUGCCUGAGCCCUUGGUGCCCUACAGCAUGCAGGUGGAGCUGGUGGAAGCCCACAAAAUCAACGACCGGGAGCAGAAGCUCCACGCGCUGAAGGAGGUGCUGCGCAAGUUCCCCAAGGAGAACUACGAGGUCUUCAAAUACGUCAUCGGGCACUUGAACAAGGUGAGCCACCACCACCGCGUGAACCUGAUGACGAGCGAGAACCUCUCCAUCUGCUUCUGGCCCACGCUGAUGCGCCCCGAUUUCAGCACGAUGGACGCGCUGACGGCCACCCGCACCUACCAGACAAUCAUCGAACUCUUCAUCCAGCAGUGCCCCUUCUUUUUCUACCACCGCCCCAUCCUCGACCCCCCCAGCGCCGCCCCGGCCUCCCCGUCGGCCGCCGUCCCCCCCCCAGGCGUCGUCCCCUUCGCCCCCAUCGCGGCGCAGCCUUCGCCCCCCAGGACCCCUCCGCCGUCGCCGCAGUCGCCCGUCCAAGCGCUCGUCGCGGCCCCGCUCCACGCGGAGCAGCAUUCGCUGUGAGCCGGGCC